UGAUACACUACUUUGAAAUCAAGUUUACAACUAGAUUUUACAUUACCAUCACUUAUCUACUGAUAAUGUACCCCGGGACACAUAUAUCUCACUGAUAAUGUACGUGGGACACAUUAUAUCCUAUCUACUGAUAAUGUAACCCAGGACACAUAUAACCUGUCUACUGACGUACCCCGGGACACAUAUAUCCUAUCUACUGAUAAUGUAACCCAGGACACAUAUAAUAUCUCACUGAUACACAGCACAGCAGUUUACUUGAUUUGACAACUGAUACCCUUCAGUGACCACGUUAGUCUCAAUAUCACACAAACAUAAGCUGAUAAAACAAAGUCAUGUGACAAAUCACCUGACACCCAUGUGACACAUUACAUGACACUGAUAAAACAGAGAGAGGGGAGUAGAAUUAGAUAUCUCCAUUACAGCAGAAGUACCCACACAAUUGUGAUUGAUAUUCCCGAGAAACUACAAAUUAGCCUGCAAAAGACUACAUUUAGUUUUCAUCAGAUCUGAAACAAAAACAUGGCACAACCUAAUACUGCCCAAGACGUGAUGCGAUGCGACCUCUGUGAAACUGUCAUAGCACAGAUGUACUGUGAGUUUUGUCACGUCAAGCUGUGUAAGGGCUGUAUCGGGGAACAUGUCUCCUCUGAUCUAACUAAACCUCACACACUGACGGGUUUCUACGAGCGAAGGUCCAGCCCCGUCCUUCCAAAGUGUUCCUUACACAACAAGAAAACCUGUGAAAUCCACUGCAAGGAAUGCGAUUCCCCUCUUUGUGCCGACUGUGUCAUCUCUCAUCAACAAAGGACACAUGAAUUUCAGAACAUUAUGGAUAUUUACAAGUCUAAACAAAAAGAAAUCGAAAAAAAUCUGGAAUACCUUGAAAACACAUUAUGUCUAAAAUGUGAAAAAAUUGCAUCCGAAGUUAAAACUGAGAAAGAAAAUCUUGAUAAAGAAUACAGCAAACUGAAAACGGCCAUUUCUGAACAUGGAGAAGACUGGCACAAUGCCAUCAAUAUCCUCGUCAAUAACAUGAAAUCCAAAGUAUACGAAAUGAAAACCCAGCAUCUGCAGGCUGUGAGUGAAAGAGGAACAGAAAUAGACAAGCUGAUACAGGCUGUGCACCAAACCAUCACAGACAUUAACGACAUCUCGGGAUCUAAUGACAUCUCAAAGUCCCUCCUGUUUAAACCAAGCUUAGAACAUCUCCAAAAGAUUCCGCCUAAAAUAAGUGCAGUUUUACCGACCUUCUCACCCAAGCCAAUAUCUGAAGAUCAGCUCUCUCCAUGGUUUGGCUCUCUCUCAUCAUUGUCUAUUACACCAGAGCAAAAUACUGACAGCAAUUCAAUAAUUCAAAAGGAUGAACGUUGUCAAAUGGUUGAUGAUUUAUCAUCAAUUAACAUGAAAUCAACACAGAAAUCCCGGGAAGCUGCAUCCUCUCCUGUCAUCAAACAGCUGCUUGAUGAACCACAGACUGUCACCACCAUACACACUGGGAAUGAAAACCUUUACAGUGUGGCCUGUCUGAGUGAUGAAGAAAUCUGGACAUGUGAUAAUAGCAGCACCAUGAAACUCUUCAGCAUCAAUCAGGGAUCACGACUCAAGUCAAUCACAACCAAAUCACAGAACGCUCCAACAGACAUAGCAGUGACAAACAGUGGGGAUCUGGUUUAUACUGAUUUCUGGGAUAAAACUGUGAACAUUGUGAAGAAUGAAGAGAUACAGAUGGUGAUCAGACUACAGAACUAGAGACCUUGUGGUAUCUGCAGUACCUCCUCUGAUGAUCUCCUGGUUACCAUGGAAAGUGAUGAUGUCACACAAUCCAAAGUUGUCCAUUACUCUGGCUCCACAGAGAAACAAAGCAUUCAGUUUGAUGAUCAGGGUCGUCUUCUCUAUUCAUCUGGUAGUUAUUAUAGAUACAUUACUGAAAACAGAAACCUGGAUGUCUGUGUGGCUGCCUCUGUAGUUAAAGCAGUAGUGGUGGUCAAUCAGGCCGGGAAACUGAGAUUUAGGUACAAUGGACAUACUCCUGCUCCAAAGAAUAAACCAUUCAAUCCACGAGGAAUCACCACAGACAGUCAGAGUCACAUCCUUACAGCUGAUAAUAACAAUGAUUGUGUCCACAUCAUAGACCAGGACGGACAGUUCCUCCGUUACAUAGUCUGUGGACUGAGUGAACCCCUGGGACUGUGUAUAGAUACAAACGACAAUCUGUUUGUUGCUGAAUAUGGAAACAAACAAGUGAAGAAAAUCAAAUAUCUGCAGUAAAAUUAAAACACUGAACUGAUUUACCUCCAGUAAAGGAUGAUAAUGACGUACAAGGACGAAAUUGACCAUGAUUACGUAUCUGUAUCACUGACUGACCGUGUAAAUCAUGAAAUCUUUUUUUUAGACACAAAUAAAAAUCUGGUGUUUGCUGAUAAUUAUAACCAUGCAACCUCUAUUUCUUCAACGUAUCAACAAACCACUGAAGAAAAUAAAACACCUGCAGUAAAAUUCAAACACUAGUAAGUGAUACCAUGAUUCACUCAGUGAUAACAUCAUAGUUAUUGACAACAGUAGGAAAAUCAAAUAUCUGCAGUGAAAUCAAAACUGUCAGUUAAACUUGUAAUCAACUUGAUAUUUGAUGUCUGGUAUGUCCAGGGUCCAUGUUUGCCCUACUUAUAAUUUUGUUUUCUUUAUGGGAGUUAUGAGAUUGAACGCUGUUCAUUAUCUUCACUUUUCAGGCUGUCCAGCACCCUUGGACAAAAAAUAAGGGCAAAUUUUAGGGGUAAAAUUAUAAAAAAAAUUAGGGCUAAAUUAGGGCUAAAAUUAGGAAUUUUUAACCAAAUUGCGGAAGUUUUAAUUAUUUAAAAGGACUUACCUUGUCAAAUUUGACAAUAAAGAAACUCACAUGACACACAAAUAAGAUGUAAGUACAGGAAGGGCGUAUUCCAGUGUUCCAUGGUCUCAGCUAUUAUUGGCUAUAACCUAAAAUCUCAACUCUUUAUCACAAAGUCACAACCAAUAAACAAGCUUGACACAUGGAUCCACAGGUCAACUGCCUUUCACUGCAUCAGCAUUAUCUGAAUAAGAACUACAAUCUACGUUAAUAACACACAUUUUGUAUGAAUGCAUUUUGAUUUUUCAAGACUGAUAAAAAAGUAGGAAUUGACAUGAAAAAUAAGGGCUUUUUUAGGAUUUCCCCUUGAAUUUUACAUUUUUUUAGGAAUUUUAGCAAAACUGAAAAAAAUUAGGAAUUUUAGGGCCGCUGGACAGCCUGACUUUUCAUACACUAAUGCUUUUUUUAGUUUUACAUAUUUGCUUGGGACUGGAUGUUGUAUAUAUAAAAUAUUAAAGUUACCAUUAUUGAU